CAUCCCACCGUUUUACCCUUUUUAUUUUUAUUUUCUCCCCCCUGCCGUCUCCAUCCUAUUCCCUUCCACCGUCGGGCGUCGGCACCUCUCUUCCACCGCCACCGGCCCCCACUUGUUUAAGUACACAAAGAUCAUGAGCUCAAUUAUGAAAUCUAGUGCUAUGGUUCAAGAUGAAAUAGAUUUUCUAGCUAGCUCCAAAUUCGAAUCGUUCGAUGAACUAGUACAGAGUGUGAGGACUUUUUAUUAUAAAAAAGGGUACGGGAUAUCUAUUCGUAAUUCUACAAAAGACAAGCAUGUUACUUUGCAAUGUGACCGAAGUGGUUGCUCCCGAGACAUACAAACUAAUGGAGAUAACAAGAAAAAGAAAAGCAGAACAUCCCGUUUGACUGACUGUCCCUUUAGAAUUAUAGGUAAAAAGGGAAGUCAUGGUCCUUGGGUAUUUAAGAUUAAAGACUUGAGACAUAACCAUGAACCAUCUACCGAUAUGUCUAAGCAUCCAUUAUUUUGUCGGUUACCACCUGAUAGCGUACAAAGUGUUAAAGAUAUGACAUUGGCUGGAAUUCCUCCAAGAGAAAUCCUUUCGACUUUACGCCAACAAACCCCAAAUCUUCCUGCAGUAUCUAGAACUAUAUACAACUUGAAAGCAAAAAUACGCAAGGAUAAUUUGCGAAACAAGUCAAUGGUUAGUUCCUUAUUUGAAGAGCUUGAAAAAAGUGGUUUUUCGUAUGAUAUAUUACGUAAUUCCAAAGGGCAUAUAACCAAUUUGUUCAUUGCGCACCCCUUGUCAGUUAAAUUGGCCAAAGUCUUUCCAAAUAUCUUUGUGAUGGAUUGCACCUACAAAACCAAUAAGUAUGAUAUGACUUUUCUUGAUAUCAUUGGAGUCUCAUGCUUCAAUACAUCAUUUUAUUCUGGGUUUGCUUUUUUGGAAAAGGAGGAUGAAGAAAGUUAUAUUUGGGUAUUAAGUGCAUUUAGGAAGAUUCUUGGCCAAGAAAUAUAUCCUUUUCUGAUUAUGUCAAAUAUGGAUGUAGCAUUAAUGAAAGCCAUAAAGCAUGCAUUUUCUACAGUGACAAAUCUUUUGUGUGUUUGGCAUAUUGAACAAGACGUGAUGGCGAAUUGCAAGAAGUAUUUUGUGCAAGAUGAAGAGUUUGAUAUGUUUAUUUCGAGUUGGAAUAAUGUGGUAUGUUCAACAACAGAAUCUUCCUUUGAGAAAAAUUGGGGUGAGUUUGAGUUGUUAUAUAAAGAUGAUGCAUUUGAGUACAUAAGGAACAUAUGGUUGCCCUGGAAGGAGAAGUUUGUUAGUGCUUGGACAGAAAAGCACUUACAUUUUGGUAAUCGUUCGUCCUCAAGAGCCAAAGAUGCUCAUGCCAAACUCAUAAUGUAUUUAGAAGGUCCUACAGGUGAUUUUCAAGGAGUGAGAGAGAAUAUAUGUCUUGCAAUUGAGCAUGAAUUUAGCAUGAUCAAAUGGAAACUUGCAAGUAACGAAAUGCAAAUUCCCCAUGAGAUCAAUAUACCGCUUUUUGGAGAGCUUAAGUCCUAUGUAUCUGAAUUUGCCCUCAAGGAGAUAUAUAAGCAAUAUCAGAAAACAGAAGGUUCAACGACUCCAUGCACUGGUCAUUUUAUGGCAACCAUGGGCCUUCCCUGUGCUCACAAGAUAAAACAUUCACAUGGAAGUACACUUCCGUUGGAGCUUAUUCAUCCUCACUGGAGAGUUGAUACACUAUCCCUAAAUUCAGAAUGUGGUUCACACAAUGAUGGCGAUGACGGAUUUAUAAAGUUGCUUAAUGAGCUGUAUUCGAAGUACCAAUCCUGGCCCCAGAACAAGAGAGAAUAUGCUAUCUUGACAAUUAGUAAACUUAUCAACCAAUCUGAUGCAUAUAGCUGACUAGUAGGUUGUUGAUCUUUUGAUUGCAAGCUGUGUAUAGUUUGAGUAGAAUCUUGCAUUUUUUUAAAAGCAAGUGUGGUAGUUAUUUUAUCAGAACCAUGUAUGUUUUUAGCUACAACUGUUGUUAUUUUCUGAAAGAAAUAUGGAUUCUUUUGAUUGAAA